GCCCUCCUUCCGGGCUGUCAAUCGGAGCGCGGAGCGCCCAGGAUGCGGCCGCCGUCCAGGGAGCUCUUCCGAGACGCCGACUUCCCCGCCUCGGACUCCUCACUGUUCUCCAGCUUCUCCACGCCGCUGGCCCAGUUCCGGGAGGACAUCACGUGGAGGAGGCCCCAGGAGCUCUGUGCCGCACCCCGGCUGUUUGCAGAUGACCCGCAGGAAGGACAGGUGAAGCAAGGCCUGCUGGGGGACUGCUGGCUGCUGUGUGCCUGCGCCGCCCUGCAGAAGAGCCAGCACCUCCUGGAGCAGGUCAUCCCUCCAGGACAGCCGGGCUGGCGCGACCCCGCGUACCGCGGCUCCUUCACCUGUCGAGUUUGGCAGUUUGGACGCUGGGUGGAGGUGACCAUAGAUGACCGUCUGCCUUGUCUUGCAGGGAGACUCUGCUUCUCCCGGUGCCAGAGAGAGGAUGUGUUCUGGCUUCCCUUGCUGGAGAAGGUCUAUGCCAAGGUCUAUGGGUCCUAUGAGUGCCUGUGGGCGGGGCAGGUGGCGGAUGCCCUGGUGGACCUCACUGGCGGCCUGGCGGAGCGGUGGAGCCUGAAGGACGAGGCGAGAACCGGCGGCCGACAGGACGGGCCCGGCGGCUCGGAGCACAGGACUUGCCGGCGGCUGCUCCGCCUCAAGGACCGCUGUCUGAUAAGCUGCUCGGUGCUCAGCCCCAGAGCCGGUGCCAGGGAGUCGGGCGAGUUUCACGCCUUCAUCGUGUCGGACGUGCGAGAGCUCCGGGGGCGGGCUGGCCAGGGCCUCCUGCUGCUGCGCAUUCGGAACCCCUGGGGCCGGCGGUGCUGGCGGGGGCCCUGGAGAGAGGGGGGCGAGGGCUGGAGCCUGGUGGACCCGGCGGACGAGGCUGCGCUGCUGUCCCAGCUGCGGGAAGGCGAGUUCUGGGUGGAGGAGGCCGAGUUCCUGCAGGAGUUUGACGAGGUCACUGUGGGCUUCCCGGUCACGGAGGCCGGCCACCUGCAGAGCCUCUACUCAGAAAAGGAGCUGUGCCACACCCAGGAGCUGCCCGGGGCCUGGGUCAAGGGCCAGUCGGCGGGAGGCUGUCGGAACAACAGUGGCUUUCCCAGCAACCCCAAAUUUUGGCUGCGGGUCUCGGAGCCCAGUGAGGUGUAUGUCGCCGUCCUGCAGAGACCCAGGGUGUGCACCGCGGGCCGGGCAGGCCGGACUCGGGCACCGGUGACAGGCGACCGCGCCCCGUGGGGCCCGGCCCGCCUCCUGAGCAAGGACUACCAGGCUGUGGGCCUGCACAUCUGGAAGGUGGAGAAGCGGCGGGUCAGCCUGCCCAGAGUCCUGUCCUCGCCCCCCGUGGCUGGUACUGUGUGCCAUGCCUACGCCCGGGAGGUGCACCUGCGCUGUGAGCUCAGCCCCGGCUACUACCUGGCCGUCCCCAGCACCUUCCUGAAGGACGUGCCAGGGCACUUUCUGCUCCGGGUCUUCUCCAGCGGGAGGGUCUCCCUCAGCGCCGUCAAGACAGCGGCCCCGAGCGCCGCCUCCGGGGAGGCCCAGCCGGCAGGGGAGUGGGAGACCGUGCAGCUGCGGGGCUCCUGGAGGGCCGGCCGCACGGCGGGGGGCAGCAGGAACUUCGCCUCCUACCCUUGCAACCCCUGCUUUCCGCUCGCGGUCCCCGAGGGCGCGGGCCCCCGCUGCAUCCGGAUCACCUUGCGCCAGCACUGCCGGGACAGUGAGUGCCACCCCAUCGGCUUCCACGUCUUCCAGGUUCCGGAUGGUGGGAGCCUGGGCGCGGCCCAGCUGCUGCUCCAGGACCCCCUGCUGAGCUGUGUGCCGCACUGCCACACCCAGGAGGUGAGCCGGCUCUGCCACCUGUCGGCGGGGACCUACAGGAUUGUGCCCUCCACCUACCUGCCAGACACAGAAGGGGCCUUCACGGUGACCAUCGCCACCAGAAUAGACAGGCGCUCCAUUCACAGCCAGGAAAGGCUGGGGCAGCUCCUCCAGGAGGCCUCCUUCAUGGCGGUUAUGAAGACCUAACCGAGGACCCCUGUGUCAGCUCUGGCGACGGGGGUGCGAGAGGCUCCCUCCCACGGCACCACCAGCCUCCGCGCUGUGGCUCACGGUCCUGCGCUGGACGGCCGUACAUGCCCGCGGGCCCAGGCCAAGAGCCCCCGUCCUGCAGGGAGGUGGCCAUGGGUGAAGCCGGCGCCUCAGGAAAGGCAGGAACAGCCCCGCACAGGCGUCUUGGGACCAUGCUGCCGAGGCCGGAGUGCGUCCAGGCCCCUCCGUGGCCUGUGUCCCGGCUCCCGAGAGAGGCCUUGCAGCAGACAAGAGUGUGCCAGGACAGGUCUUGUGUAGAACUAUUUAUGUCAGACGUUUUUAGGCGGCAACUUUAUAAAUAAACGUGGGUACUGAGCA